CAACCAGGGAGGAGCAGGCUAUGGCACCGGACCGGCAUCCGCGAUGGACCCGCGACCCAUGACGUCGAUGAGCCAUCAGUUCUCACCUUCCAUGUCACCGUCGGCUUCCGGCUCUUCAGCGCCACCUUCGAUGCUCCAGACCGGUUCAGGCCCGCAAGCUUCAGCCGCAACCAAGCCUGUUCGCACGACAGCCGAUCACAGCCUUAGCUGCGCCGAGUGUCGUCGGCUGAAGCUUAAGUGCAAUCGUCAAUGGCCGUGCGAGACUUGUGUGAAGCGAAACAUCGCUCACCUCUGUCCCGACGACACGCAGAAGAAGGAGAAGAAGCAAGCCGGCAGCUCUCGUUCUGCAGAUGCAGAGGGCACGGCGGUGUGGGACAAGUUGGGCGAACUGGAGCGAAAGAUUGAUCUGCUCGUCUCGGCCCAGCUAUCAUCACACCCUCAAAGGCUCAAGAAUGACAGUACCACUAAUCUCUCUAUGCCGUCAGGCAAUGGUUUACUCCACGACCUGGCAGACCUAGCUGCUGAUCAAAGGUAUCGGAGCAGGCCCAGGCGACCUAGCGAGAGCAAUAGCAAUAGCAGUAACAGCAAGAUGACAGCAACCUCAAAAAGCAAUGCUCAAGGAACUCUCACAAUGGGACCCGACGGAAGAGCGCUCUACCAUGGACCAAAUGCUCACUCAGUCUACUUUGCUCGCGAGCUGGAGGAAGAAACACAGGAGAAGGGGCUCAAGAAGAUCGGAACAGCAGAGAAGAACAAGGAAGCGUCCCCGGAGCUGGGCCAGGCGAUACCUGCUGGAGUUGCAACUCGUCCAGGCUCGCCUUUUAACCCCGUUACAUCUCCUGGGGCCGCUGCUCUGCCUUUGCCCCUUUCGGCGUCGACUCCCCGAUCCGAUGGCCUCAACGAUUCGUCUGCCCUCAUGUGGACUACCCCAGGUCUUCGCUCGCCACAUAGCUCAGCAGCCAUCUACGCUCACUUGCGGCAGUAUCUACCGACCAGAGAUGCUGCCUGGCGGAUGUUCCAGGUCUGUGACGCAUGUGUCACAUUCAUGUGGGACCCGAUCCCUUUCCACGACUCCAUCGACCACAUCUUUGGUGCCGUCUACCAAGACGAGGGACCUGUGGAGAAGCCACCGCAUCCCCACGUCCUCUCGCUCGUAUUCUCAACGAUGGCUUUAGGCAUCUUGUUCGACGUGCGACGACAGCUCAACGACCCAUUAGGCAAACAGAUGUACGUUUGCGCAUGGUCAGCCUUGUGCAUGUCAAACUUUACCGAGGGCCUUGGCCUUGACGGAAUGGCGGCCCUAUCUCGCUGCAUUGUCUACCUGACGGGACGACGUGGUGGCAAAUAUGCCGAGAGCGCCUAUCCGCUUCAUGGUACCCUCAUGCGCUUGACCAUCUCAUCCGGCAUGCACCGCGACCCUGCCGCUUGGGACGUCCCCGUCACGACCUACAUGGCCGGAAGAUCGAGAGAAGAAGCCAAGGAGGCCGAGAGGGAGAGACGUAGAAGGCUCUUUUGGGACCUUCAGUGCAUGGAUGUGCUCCGCUCACUCUCUCUCCACCGGCCUCCCUCGCUCCUCGAUCGGUACGUCGACACUCUUUUUCCCGCCGAAUGGAGUCUCAACAACUUGAGCGAGCAGAAACAUCAGAGCAAAGGCCUGUUUCAUGCCUUCAAGUGUAUCCAGACGCGAAUCUAUGAUCGCAUGCUGGACGAAUGCCUAUGCACCAACAACGCCACCAACUACGAGGCAACGAUGAAGCUCGACGAGGAGAUCAAACACCUUAUUCGCCUUGUGCCUCCCUAUAUGCAACCAGCACUGGAUGAGGUCGAGCCCUCCGCGGACCCCUACAGCGCUCUGGAAAAGGCAUACACCGACAAAGAUGCAAGAGAUAACCUCAUUCUUGAGAUGCAGCGUUACACGAAUCUCGUCAACAUUCAUCAGGGUCUCAUCCUUUUGCACCGCACUUGGUUCAGUCGAGCUUUACAGAAAGAUGCCGAGGACUCGGCAGUGGAACAGGCGAAUCAGCAGCCAUUCCCUGGUACGAACGACGAGGAGAUAUGCGAUGUUGGGCCUUUCGCUCACAGCGUUCGGACGGUCCUCGCAUCUUCCUCCGAGACCAUCCUUCUCAUUCGCGCGCUGUGGUCUCGACAGCCAGCGUUGACGAACAGGUGGUUCUUCUACUGGAAUCUGUGCUUUUCAGCGGCAGUCUGCUGUGCGCUCUACGUCAUUCGAGCACCGAAAUCAAAGGCGGCGCAAGGCGCAUUGAGCGACGUAAGGGCGGCCAUUGGGCUAUUGGAGAAGGCCAAGGUUGGCUGGAGACCGCUUGAGGUACCCUACUCCAUCUUAAGGCGAUUGGAGGCCAGAGGCACGUCGAAGAUCAGGCAGGGGAGCGACGAUUUUGCCUCAUUCAGGCUGCAGCGGCAGCAACAGAGCGACGAACGGCAGAAGAGGGCGGCGCUGGAAGAUGGAGGUGACGAGGAGGAAGAGGACGAUGGCAUGGAGCUCAUUGGCCAAGAGCGGCGACCGACCAAAAAGAAGAAAGUGGGAGGUGUGGACCAACGCACUGGUGCCUCAGGAUCGACGGCGACGGCCAGCAACGGCGACUCGCCGGAUCUGUUCUCCAAUUCUAACGAUUCGUUCGCGACAGGCUACCUUGCAGCAGCGGCAGCAGCCGCUGUGGGCGCGCCAAGCCAAUCGAUGUCCAACUUUGGCAUGGAUGUGACAAUGAGCAGCAGAAAUGGUGACCCAUUCCCGCUUGCUCUUGCCCCCUUACGACAACCUGCACAGCCUUUCACAGAUCCGGAUGCACCUCCUUCGUCCUCUUACCCACAGACAAGCUAUCCGCUCACAGACAACACCGCCUUGGGUAAUUCUGCAAGUGCAGGUGGCGGCACAGAAGCGAGCCUUUGGAUCCAGCUCCUGUCGAGCGGAAUCGAAUGGGGCGACGACCUGUCUAACAUCGACAGCCUCUUCUCGUCGUGAAGUAGGUAUAUGUGCUACCGUCAUUAACUCUGCCCCUCUUUUCACUCAAUGUAACUUAGCUGUAAACAAUCUGUUUUCCUGUGUAAUGGAACGAUGAAGUAAAGAAGC